AAUACAAAUGGCCGCAAAAAUAUUGUACUCGUUGAGGGUGUUCGUAGCCCUUUCUUGAUGUCUGGCACCAACUAUUCCAAAUUAAUGCCACAUGAAUUGGCUCGUCAUUCCCUCUUGAGCCUCUUGCGUAAAACCAAAGUGGACAAAGAACUUAUUGAUUAUAUUAUUUAUGGCACUGUAAUUCAAGAGGUUAAGACCUCAAAUAUUGCACGUGAGGCUGCCCUGGCUGCUGGCUUUAGUGAUAAGACACCUGCCCACACUGUGACCAUGGCUUGCAUUAGUUCAAAUGCUGCCAUUACCACUGGCAUGGGUUUAAUUGCCACGGGCACUUAUGACACCAUUGUUGCUGGUGGUGUUGAAUUUAUGUCCGAUGUUCCCAUUAGAUUUUCCCGCAAAAUGCGUUCUCUAAUGAUGAGGGCCAGUAAGGCGAAAACCUUGGGUCAACGUCUAUCAAUUUUAUCUACCUUUAGACCAGAUUUCUUGGUACCCGAAUUGCCAGCUGUUGCUGAAUUUUCAUCGGGUGAAACUAUGGGUCAUUCGGCAGAUCGUUUGGCUGCCGCUUUCAAUGUAUCACGUCAAGAACAAGAUGAAUAUGCCUUGAGAUCACAUACCAUGGCCAAGCAGGCCGAAGAAAAGGGUUACUUUACCGAUUUGGUGCCCUUCAAAGUCUCCGGUGUAGAUGGCCUAAUUGCCAAGGAUAAUGGUAUUCGUGUCUCAACCCUGGAACAGCUGGGUAAACUCAAACCUGCCUUUAUUAAGCCACAUGGCACAAUUACUGCUGCCAAUGCCUCAUUCCUUACCGACGGUGCCUCAGCUUGUCUCAUCAUGACCGAAGAGAAAGCCAAACAAUUGGGCCUGAAACCCAAAGCCUAUCUCCGUGACUUCACAUUUGUCUCCCAAGAUCCCGUUGACCAAUUGCUUUUGGGCCCUGCCUAUGGUAUUCCCAAGCUAUUGAAAAAAGCCGGCCUCACUUUGAAGGAUAUUGACACAUGGGAAGUGCAUGAAGCUUUUGCCGGUCAAAUUGUAGCCAACAUGAAGGCCAUGGAUUCCGAUUGGUGGUGUAAAACCUAUUUGGGUCUUAGCGAAAAAUAUGGUGCCCCCGAUAUGAGCAAAUUCAACAACUGGGGUGGUUCCCUGUCCAUUGGUCAUCCAUUUGCUGCCACCGGUGUUCGUUUGUGCAUGCACACCGCCCAUCGUUUGGUACGUGAAGAUGGUAAAUUGGGUGUUGUGGCUGCCUGUGCCGCUGGCGGUCAAGGUGUUGCUAUGCUGCUCGAAAGAUAUCCCGGUGCCACCGCCGACUAAAAGCAUCUACUCUCUAUAUGUAUUAAG